AUGGGACGUACAGACGAAGGCUUGGAACAUGAAAAACACGUACACCAGAAUACAAACUCUCAAGAUCAGUCAUUGAAUAUCCGAUCUGGACACGAAUAUGGCAAUACUGUUGUCCAGGGAAAUGCAACAGCUCAUUUCGGCGACGUUGUUGAGUACCAUUAUCAUGCCUCGCGAGAAGGCCCACCGGCUAUAGAGAUCCUUGUGCGCUCACUGUCAUUUCCUCGCAUGAGUGCUCGUCUACAGAACGUGGCAGAUGCCUCACCUACAACUUGUGAGUGGCUGUUCAGAACCAAGCAAUAUACAGACUGGCUAGACGAUCGUCGCCUCUCUGUCCACCAUGGCUUCUUCUGGAUAAAGGGCAAGCCGGGAACCGGGAAGUCAACCAUUAUGAAGAAAACAGUCGAUUGGAUCGAGAUGGAAAGGGCCGACCAGCUUCGAAUCUCCUAUUUCUUCAAUGCGCGAUCGGCGCAUCCCCUAGAGAAAUCCACUCUGGGACUCUACCGCUCCGUCAUACAUCAACUGCUGACAGUUUAUACCAACUUGCACCAGCCAUUUGUCUCGAUGUUCCAGAGCAAAAUAGACGAAGAUCUCAAGGUUCAUGAUGCUUGGACAGAGAUUGAGCUGCAAAAUUUCUUGACCAGGAACGUUGCAGCACUUCCUGCUCUUAUGCUCUUCAUCGACGCAUUGGACGAAGGAAACGAUUUGGAAGUCGCGGCAAUGGUAACAUAUCUCGAAGAACUUAUCAGCCGUGCUACCGCAGCAAACGUACCACUUCGUAUUUGCCUCUCGAGUCGCCACUAUCCGCAUAUCGUCGUUCGACAUGGGCUGACGAUAGUACUGGAAGCUGAACCGGGCCAUGCUCAGGACGUGCAGCUUUAUAUCGACAAUAUCCUGCCAAAGGUAGAUAACCAAAUUCUGAAAGAUCUACGCACAAAAAUUCUCGAUCGGUCCCAGGGUAUCUUUCUCUGGGUUGUCCUAGUACUUCCGAUGCUGAUGCAUGUUCACAGGCAAGGCAAGAGCAUUAAAGCCAUGCAUAACGCUCUCGAUCAGGUUCCGAAUGGUAUCAAUGAACUGUUUGCGUCAAUAUUGAGCAGAGACCUCGAAGAUAUUGACGAAUGUCUGGUUCUACUUCGAUAG